UACUUCUUGUUCUAAGCACUCUUGGGGGUCCGGGGGGGCAGGGAGCUCCAGGAAGAUGAAGGAAAGGACGGUAGAGGGAUGAUUGCUGACCAAUAAAACAAACAGCAGGUAAAACCCAGCAGUCACCUGUAUGGAAGCCCGGCAAAGGUGAUGGUGGUGGUGGUCAUAAGGGUGGGUGAGGCUGCCCGCUGUAGUUACUAUCGGUGGCCGGCUUGGCCACCGCAUGUCUGAGCAGUCUGUAGGGUACAAUAAUUACCGUAUGGAGCGCACAGCAGCUGCGGCGGCGGCGGCGGCGGCGGCGGCGGCAGCGGCAGGUUCCCUGGAUCAGGAAAUUAGGGCAGGCACGGGGGAUUGGAGGCGCGAGCGGCGCGAGAGCCAACCAGCAGCCACCCAGGGCCCCUGUGAGUCACGAGCGGACAAGGGGAGCAGCCCCGGCCCGGCAGCUGGAGCAGCAGCCACCACGGACACGCAUGCACACACGCACACACUCAUACACACGUGCGCACACAGACACACAGGGUUUAGGCACCGGGUUGGCGUGUAUAAGAAGAGCCAGGCGUGGGGGGGAGGGGUGAAGUCUGCCGGCGUCUGUUCCUCCUCCUUGACCACUCCUCCCGCUCCCCCACACUCACUCCUUCUCCCUCCCUUUACCCCCCUCUACAGUCGCCGCUGUGCUCGGCUCCUGGCUCCGGCUAGCUUCUUGGUUCCCUUCCCCACCCCCUCACCCUUUCCUUCCCCUCCUCUGCAUCGCCUGCGUUAUUUUCGUUUAGCAGGCUUGGUUUUGCACAGCUGCAACAGCGAGGGGGAGGGAGCGGUGUCGGCACCACCUCCACCAGCAACAGCCCGGGAGCAGCAGCAGGAGCCGGGCACCAUGGGCACGUUCUCGCUCUGGGGACUCUGGCUCUUAGUCGCGAUGUGGUGUUUGUCUGGAGAGCGCAGCACUGUGGAGGGGACAAGAACAAAAUGUGAGUCAUCUCAAUUCCAGUGCAGCAAUGGCCGCUGUAUUACUUUGUUGUGGAAGUGUGAUGGUGAGGAAGACUGUAGCGAUGGCAGUGAUGAGAGUUCAUGUGUGAAGAAGACAUGUGCUGAGUCUGACUUUGUAUGCAAUAAUGGCCAGUGUGUACCGAACAGAUGGCAGUGUGAUGGGGACCCAGACUGUGAAGAUGGAUCUGAUGAAAGGCCAGAACAAUGCAAUAUGAGAACCUGCCGAAUAAAUGAGAUCAGCUGUGGUGUUCGAUCAACCCAAUGUAUCCCAGUGUCCUGGAAGUGUGAUGGUGAAAACGACUGUGACAGUGGAGAAGAUGAAGAAAACUGUGGCAAUGUAACUUGUAGUCCUGAAGAAUUCACUUGUUCCAGUGGUCGUUGCGUCUCUAAAAACUUUGUGUGCAAUGGGCAGGAUGAUUGUAAUGAUGGUAGUGAUGAGCUGGAUUGUGCUCCUCCUACAUGUGGUGCCCAUGAGUUCCAGUGCAGCACUUCUUCCUGUAUUCCCAUCAGCUGGGUAUGUGAUGAUGAUGCCGAUUGCUCUGACCAGUCUGAUGAGUCCCUAGAACAGUGUGGACGCCAGCCUGUGCCUCAUGAAAAAUGCCCAGCCAGUGAGAUUCAGUGUGGUUCAGGAGAGUGUAUCCAUAUGAAAUGGCGUUGUGAUGGAGACCCUGACUGCAAAGAUGGAAGUGAUGAGAUAAAUUGUCCUUCUCGAACAUGCCGGCCUGACCAGUUUGAAUGUGAAGAUGGCAACUGUAUUCAUGGCAGCAGACAGUGCAAUGGGGUCAGAGACUGUAUAGAUGGCACAGAUGAAAUCAACUGCAAAAAUGCCAAUCAAUGUUCUGGACCUGGAAAAUUCAAGUGCAGAAGUGGGGAAUGCAUAGACAUCAGCAAAGUGUGCAACCAGCAACAAGAUUGCAAGGAUUGGAGUGAUGAACCCUUGAAGGAAUGCAAUGUAAAUGAAUGCUUGGUUAACAAUGGUGGAUGCUCCCAUAUCUGCAAAGACCUGAUUAUAGGUUAUGAAUGUGACUGUGCUGCUGGGUUUGAACUGAUAGACAGAAAGACUUGUGGUGAUAUUGAUGAAUGUCAAAAUCCUGGAAUCUGCAGUCAAAUUUGUAUCAACUUAAAAGGCGGUUACAAGUGUGAAUGUAGUCGUGGCUAUCAAAUGGAUCUUGCCACAGGAGUGUGCAAGGCAGUAGGAAAGGAACCAAGCUUAAUCUUCACUAAUCGAAGGGACAUCAGAAAAAUUGGCCUGGAAAGGAAAGAAUACAUUCAACUUGUAGAGCAACUAAGAAAUACCAUAGCACUAGAUGCUGACAUAGCUGCCCAGAAGUUAUUUUGGGCUGAUCUAAGCCAAAAAGCAAUCUUCAGUGCCCCAAUUGAUGCUCGUGACAAAGUUGGUAGCCAUGUUAAAAUGAUCGACAAUGUCUAUAAUCCUGCAGCCAUUGCUGUUGACUGGGUCUACAAGAAUAUCUACUGGACUGAUGUGGCUUCAAAGACUAUUUCAGUGGCUACUUUAGAUGGAACCAAGAGAAAGAUCCUAUUUAAUUCUGAUUUGCGAGAGCCUGCCUCCAUAGCUGUGGACCCGCUGUCUGGCUUUGUUUACUGGUCAGACUGGGGAGAACCAGCUAAAAUAGAAAAAGCAGGAAUGAAUGGACUUGACAGAUGGCCACUGGUGACUGUAGACAUUCAAUGGCCUAAUGGAAUUACACUUGAUCUUGUAAAAAGUCGUCUCUAUUGGCUUGAUUCUAAACUACACAUGCUGUCCAGCGUGGAUUUGAAUGGUCAAGAUCGUAGAAUAGUACUCAAGUCUCUAGAGUUCCUGGCUCAUCCUCUUGCUGUCACAAUGUUUGAGGACCGUGUCUAUUGGAUAGAUGGUGAGAAUGAAGCAGUCUAUGGUGCCAACAAAUUCACAGGGUCAGAAUUGGCUACUCUGGUUAACAACCUCAAUGAUGCUCAAGAUAUAAUUGUAUACCAUGAACUUGUACAACCAGCAGGUAAAAACUGGUGUGAAGAAGACAUUGAAAAUGGAGGCUGUGAGUACCUAUGUCUACCAGCACCGCAAAUCAAUGAUCACUCUCCAAAAUAUGCCUGUUCCUGUCCCAGUGGGUAUAAUCUGGAAGGUGAUGGCAGGGCAUGUAGAAGAAUCAAUGUGACUACUGCAAUAUCAGAAGUAAAUGUUUCUCCAGGAGGAACUUCAGCUGCCUGGGCCAUCCUUCCUGUCUUGCUCUUGGCUAUGGCUGCAGCUGCUGGUUACCUUAUGUGGAGGAAUUGGCAACACAAGAACAUGAAAAGCAUGAAUUUUGACAAUCCUGUCUACUUGAAAACCACAGAAGAAGAUCUCACUAUAGAUAUUGGAAGACAUAGUACUUCUGUUGGACACACUUAUCCAGCGAUAUCGGUUGUAAGCACAGAUGAUGACCUAGCUUGAAUAUUUGGACAAGAGACAGCCCUUUCAAUCUACACUAAGUCCUAAACUUUUUUUUUUGGAUGGUAACCAAACCAGUGGCUGAAAAAAGUUCUCUUCCUACCACCUGGAAGAAUAUGAUCAUAUUAUUUGUGUGGAGCAAGUUUGUGUACUCGACUUUUCUAUAUUCUACUUUUUUUGUAAAUAUUCUUGUCCACAGUUUAGUUCAGCUCUGGAUAUGGUUACCGAAUAUCUGUAACCCUUGAAUUUUUUAGACAGUAUUGCCACCAAUGGCCAAAUAUGCACUUUCCAUAGAAAGCCAUAUUCCAGCAACAAAACUUGUGCUAUAUAGUAUACAACCUGUACAUAACUUGUAUAGGCCAUCUGUAAAUAUCCUGAAGAACAAUCACUAUUCUUAAGCACUUUGAAAAUAUUUCUAUGUAAAUUAUUGUAAACUUUUUUUUCAGUGGUUGGGGCAAUGGCAAUAGGAGAAAACGGGUUACUAAGAUGAAAUUGCCAAAAAAAAAUUUGUAAACUAAUUUUGUAUGUGUGAGUGAAAUCUUUGUGACCUCCAUAGAGGCUUGCAGAGGGUGAGUGUUCAGCAAACCACUGUACAAUUUUUUCUGCGUGCUAAAAAUUAAACCAAGCAGCUUAUCAAUGGCUUGUGCCUAUUCCCAUAGGGUGAGAGUGCAUUUCAUGUACUAGCAAAGCAUUAAGGUUUAGUUACUAUGAGAUGCAGUAGCCUAUAGACUUUAAUGUCUUAUGGCCCUGGACUGAAUCCUGUUAGCUUAAUGCUUUUAUUUAAAAAAAAAAAUCAUGGAACUGGUGGAGUAGGGACAGGGGUAGAAGAAGUUGGAACACCAAAAAAACCUACCAAAUUCUUCUUGGAAGUGAUUUUGGCCUAUUAACAUUCUAGGACUAGGGAAGUUGGCUUUAAAGUUUAAGUAUGGUACCAAAAAGUGAGUUAUUUAUAUUAUCAGCUAAUGGUUUUUGUUAGCAUCCUUUCUGGAGAAUGUUCCUGCUUUAGUCCCUUUAAUCAUUAGCGAUAGCUGAUCAAACCUCUGCUUAUUUCCUAGGAAUCGUUAUAUUUUCCCACAUGCUUAAAAAUUCCAGGGAGUCAAAAUGAAGGAUAUUUUGCAUUGGGGUGGGGGAACUACUUCAUCUACCAGGCAAGAAUUACAGAAACUAUUUGACCAAUUUGGACAAGGUGAGCAUAGUCUGCUUUUCUAAAGCUUAUAGAAGUAAGAUUUCAUUUUGGCAUUGACUAAUUAGGGAGCCACUAUGGAUCAGGAUGUGUUACAGAAGGUUUUCUCAAAGACAUGGAGAAACAAGGUCAGCAGAAUGGGAGUCAAAGUCCAUUCUCUAGGUCAUGAAAGACAAUGGUGAGAAGUUGCUUGAAUUUGCAAUCUGAAGUCUCCUGUCUUUAUUUAUACAUAAUGUUCUGCCUUAUCCUAAGAGGCUAAGCUUCAAAUAUACAUCUAGUUUUGCAUGGAAUCCAUGCAUAGACUGUAUCCACGGGAGCAAAAGACUCUUUCUAGAGUCAUGGCAUAGUAAAAAUCAUGGCCCAGAGAUAUGGGCAGAAAAUGGAACUGCAGUGGGUAUUUUUUUUAAAGGAUUGUCAAUGUAUAUGGUAUUGAAGAAAGCCAGAAUAGGCUAAAAACCAAGAAGUGAUCAGAUCUUGGAAGUCCAGGACAGAGAAGGAUCUAAGCAUGAAUUAACUUUUGUUGAUAUAACAAGGUAGAAUAGAGAAACAGCUCAUUGAUCUUAAAUGCCUUUAUUGAUUUGAUAAUAUGAAUCUAAUCUUAUUAGGGAAAUGGAGGUGAAGUUGUCAGAAAACUUGUCAAAUAUAUGAAGAUAAAAGAUGUAGUAAUUAAAUAGUUUUGAGCUGUUUAAGGGUCAUAACUUAAGAAUGCUUAACAAUUGAGAAGAAAAUGAAGCAUUAAGUUAAGUCUUUUCUCAAACUCUAACCUCUAUAUAAGGUAACCAAGAUCCCAUUAAUGUCUUAGCCUUAAAGUAAGAUACUUACAUGACCAUUUGCUUAGCUAGAGCUGGAACUAAAAAAUGACAAGUUACUCAUUAAACUUGGAUAAUUUAUAACUUCCCCAAAGGCUUAAAUAAAUGCAUUUUGGCAACUGUGGGCAUGAGUGAAUGAGUUGUUUUACUAAACAGUGUAGCUCAUUUGGUACAGUUAAAGGCUACCCUUUUAUCUAUUACAAUCUACUAAAAUACCUCAUGUGUUACUAGAUUAUAAAAAGAAAAAGAAAGUGGAGUAGAUUAGUCUUGCUGCCUGCCUAAGGAGAAGGAUUGACACUGGACAACUAACUUCCAACAAUACAUUUAUGUCUAGUUCCUUCUCACACUUCAAGUUACUUUAAAUAUUAAAUGUUCGUUCAAGUUCAGACCCCAAAUUUGUAGAGUAGGCCAUAUUUCCAGUACUGCUAGAUGUGCCUCAUAGCUGAAAAGGUAGGCAAACUGAGCCUUG